AGACAAGACAAUUUGUUCAAUAUCACAGUAACAGCUACAGUUGGUGCUGAGAUGGGAAAAUAAGCAUCCUGGUCCAGGGUUCCUUCCCUUCUUCCUGCCUCGCUCUCUGGGUAUGGAUAGCUGAUGCAAAGGAUUUCAAGGAUAUUGCAGCUUAAGGUAAAGGACACAAAUGGGCUAUCUCCAGAGGGUCCAGUUCAUUAACUAUGUCUGUCCCAACUAGCAAUCAGAACACCAUCACAUUCCAUUAUAUUAGAAACCAGUGUGAAAAAGGAACCUACCUCCCUCUCUCUCUCUCUCUCUCUCUCUCUCUCUCUCUCCUCUUUUCUACUCUCUCUUAUGUCAAUUUCUUAUACUUUCUUACCUUUUCAUCCUCAUCUCCCCUCCCUCUAAUGUUCCCUUCUUAAGUCUUCUAUUAAUCUUCCCUCUUUUUCAAAUUCUCAAUCACUGGCUGUCUAGUGGAUUCAAGAAAAAAUGAGAAGGCACAUGUAGGUGAGGGAAGAUGAGGGGAUAUAGAGAGUAUGGGACAAAGAGAUGGGGUGGAUAUGUGUGGAAGCUCAGUACUGUCAUUUGACCAGUUAGUCUCUAUAUUUGCUUACAGUGAAUAAUUUUGUUCCCAAUGAUUAAAAUUCACUUUUUACCCCCUCUUUCUUUCAUGUACUUUGAUUUCUAUAAGAAAAUACACUUUAUAUGCAAUCAUCUCUCAAUAGCCUUAUCACAUUACAUAUUAUGGCCAAAUCAACCUAACACCUACCACUGAGCAAUUCUGCAUGACCUCACCUGUUUCUACCAGCAUCGAUACCAGACACCUAAGGCAAGUAAGGCAUCUAGUACUGACAUGAGAAACAAACAAACAAAAAAACAAACAUGAGCCUAGUGAUGUUAUGGCUAUAGCAAGCUACAUGAGAUUCAGCCCCUCACUAUGUGUUUUGCUGUUCCUGGUUAAAACCCAGGUUCUGAGCCUCAUCUAUGAGUAACCAUAGGCUCAAUGACUUGAAAAACCCAUCCAAAAUCUCCCUAUUUUCCCUUAUCUUCCCCUCAGUUCUGAUUUUCCAUCUUGAAAUGUAACCACAUUUGAGUAUUCCAUCCAAUAUGCCUGAACUUUAUUAUUACAUUACCCUUAUUCUGUCAUACAGGCAAAUGAUUCAGAGGAGAAUAACAAAGUAUAGGCAGAAGAUGGUUCACAGGCAAAAAGAAGAAAGCUUUAAAUGUCUCUAGCCUCUCACCUUCACCAUGGAGAGGAUUCUAUAACCAUGACAUCAUUGAAUUAGACACAAAUGCUAAGGACUCCCUUGAACCCUCAAAGUGAAAACUUCACCUCCUGCCUUGAAUCAUUUCCUAGUGCUCUAUAAUCUUCUCAUUGUGGAUGUUUUUUCAUGAAGCCUAAUUCUAAUAUUUCCUGCUACCAUUUCAAUUUCAGCCACAGGAUGAGAAUAAAUCCCAAUGGCUUAAUCUUUCAGGGUUUUCCAUAUCUAAGAGCAAGGCAGUGAGGUCUUCUAUACCCACCCAAACUUGACCUGGCUAUGGAAUUCACAAACCACAGCCAUCAGAACCCAAACUCUUUCCUGCUGAUGGGAAUUCCUGGCCUGGAGAAAUCCCACUUUUGGAUUGCAUUUCCCUUCUGUUCCAUGUAUACCCUGGCAGUGCUCGGCAACAUGGUGGUGCUACUGGUGGUGCAUUCAGAGCCUGUGCUGCACCAGCCCAUGUAUCUGUUCCUAUGCAUGCUAUCCAUCAUUGACCUGGUGCUCUGUACUUCUACGGUGCCCAAGCUCCUCGCACUCUUUUGGGCAAAUGCUGCUGAGAUCGCCUUUGAAGCCUGUGCUGCUCAGAUGUUUUUUAUCCAUGGUUUCUCAGCUGUAGAAUCUGGUAUACUGCUAGCAAUGGCCUUUGACCGCUACUUGGCCAUCUGCUGGCCACUGCGUUAUGGGUCAUUGCUGCCUCUAGAAGCUGUGGGCAAGCUGGGGGCUGCUGCUGUGUUUCGUGGCUUGGGGCUCAUGACCCCACUCACCUGCUUACUGGCAAGGUUGAGCUACUGUAGUCGAAUGGUUGCCCACUCCUACUGUGAGCACAUGGCUGUGGUGAAGCUGGCUUGUGGGGGCACACAGCCAAACAACAUCUAUGGCAUCACUGCCGCCACACUGGUGGUGGGCACUGACUCCAUCUGCAUUGCUAUCUCCUAUGCACUCAUCUUCCGGGCUGUAUUAAGUCUCUCCUCUAAGGAAGCAAGGGCUAAGACCUUUGGUACCUGUGGCUCCCACCUGGGUGUCAUCCUUCUCUUCUAUACACCGGGACUCUUCUCAUUCUACACACAGCGCUUUGGCCAGAAUGUGCCCCGGCACAUCCACAUCCUCCUGGCUGAUCUCUACCUUGUUGUACCACCCAUGCUCAACCCCAUCAUCUAUGGCAUGAAGACCAAGCAGAUCCGGGACGGGGCUUUCCGACUACUGAAGAGGGGCCCUUCUCAGUCAUAAACUCUUCAACCCCAGCCCAGAAAUAUAUCCUCUUCCCUUAGCCUUUGGGGAAGAUAUAUAAGAUAUCAGUGGCUACCAGCAUGGUGGAAAGAAAGAAACUCCCAUUCAGUGAUAUUCUUAUUUGAUAAGGAGGUUUAACACAAAUCUGAGGGGGUAAGAGCCACCAGAUGUUUCCCACGUGUGAUAUAGAUAUUGUUACAAAGCUCUGGGAGUCCCUUUCUAAUGGGAAACGUGGUUACCAAGCUCAUGCUGGCCUCCCAGGGAACUCUGCUGUGCUGUUCUGACCUGGUUCCUACCUUCCAGAAGACCUUGAUAAAAUGAGAAAUAUAUGACUACUGGUCUGACAAGGAAAAAUAACUAUCACCCACAGUCAGGUGUUUUUACCCUGAUAGGGAUACAUGGAUACCUUCCUCAGUAAGCUUUAAGCCUGACAGGAGAAAUGAGAGAGAGAAAGAGACAGAGACAGAGACAGACAGAGACAGAGACAGAGACAGAGGAGAGAAAGAGAGAGAAAACUUGAGAAGCAAGGAGAUUGUUGGGGGAGAUGAACAAGAGGAUGUGACUGCUAGUUGACUGUUGAGCUGGACCCAGGCAAUCUAAGGCUCCACACCUCUUCCCCUAUCCAUGGAAUGUACACUCUGCCUACUGUCCCCACAGUGGAAGCUGUUCCAGGAACAUGGUCUUGAGAAAAUAAGGCAUUAUUGAGGCUGUGCAGACUGAAUAUAUGACUGAACCCAGUUAAGGUCUCUAUAUGAGAUUCUGUUGGAUGAGUGCAGAGAACUAUUCAUCUUGCAAUUGCCCAAGACAAGCACUGUAUGUAAGUUCCCUUGCCUAUUAAACUGCUACCUACCCAACUGGAGUGGUCUGCCUCUUUCUUUGGUCUCUCCCUGCCCUCUGUGUACAGGGGCCACUUUGUAAACUAACAGUGACAGAGUCAGAGCACUUAGCAACGGGCUAUGGGGACAAAUAAAUAAACAAAGAAUCAUGGGCAAGCUGUAUCUAUUGUAUAGAGGAAUAAGCAAAUAUAUUACUAAAAUCUAGGGAUAUGGCCCUGAUUAGGUCACACGUCCCUCUCUUAACAUGACUGCUCAUUAUCAAUCAAAGUUUAUUUACAUGUAAGGAGAAAGCAGCCAACCCAAAUUAACCAAUAUGAUUAGGGUAAGCACAGGAACCAUGGGUGCUGAGAAAGAGUACCUCCUGUCUGGAGAUGCCCACCCUCUGAGGAAAAAAACAUUUUUUAAUGAGGUAUAACUUACCUUAAAUAAAAUGCAUAUAUUAAGUACAUAGUUUUAUGAUCUCUAAAGAUAUAUACAUUAUUAUAACCACCAUCUUAAUUAAGAUACAGAUUAUUUUCAUAAUCCCAGAAAGUUUCCGUGUGUUCCUUCCAAGUAAUACCCUUGCACUCCCCAUUUUCUUCUUUAUUUAUCCAAAUUUUCAUGCAGUAUUUCUUUUUAGCAUUCUUGCAGUGCGUGUUUGUUAAUAAGAAAUUCUCUCAGCUUUUUUAUGAAAUGUCCUUAUUUACUUUUUAUAAAUUUUUUUGCCAAGUAUAGAAUUCUAGAUUGACAGGUUUAUUCUUCCUUCUGGUACUUUAAAUAUUUUGUUCCUUUGUUUUUUAUCUCAUUUUUUAUCAUGAAAGUCAGUCAUCAUUUUUAUCCUUGCUCCCAUAUGUGUAAUUUUUGAACUGGCUUCUGUUACAUUUUUUCUCUUUAUAUUUGAUUUUCAUCAGUUUGAUGUUUCAGUGUAAUUUUCUUUGUAUUCCUUUUGUUUGGGACUCACUGAAUUUCCUGGGUCAGUGGGUUAAUUUUAUAAUUUUGCAACUAAAUUUAGAAAAUGUUUUCCAUUAGUUCAC